AUGUUGCUCACCGCCCUCACUGCAAAGCGUGUUCGGCGCACAUGGGAGCCGGAGGAGAAGACGUGGCACGACGAUGCGCUGGAGCUACCGUGGGAGGAUGUUCGACCGGAACUGCACAAGGCAUCCAUCUUCGCCUUGAAAAAUGUCUUCUUCUUUUCCCAUGCCACUCCCGUGCAAGCACUCGCGCUGCGUGCCCUCACUCAACCAGGUGCAAGCGCUGUUGUCGAGGCGCCAACGGGAAGUGGUAAGACCCUCGCGUUUCUUCUCCCCAUCAUGGAGCGGUGCGUGCGAUCCUGCGAAGCAUAUGUAGCGUCGCAUCAGCGACCACCCCUGUUUCGUCACGUGCUCGGCGUCAUCUUCUCGCCGUCGCGCACGCUGGCUGAGCAGACAUUCGUGGUCGGCCGCAGCCUGGCGGCUCGCUACCCCUUCAACAUCCAGUUCGUCCUCUGCGACGGCGUUGUGCAGAAGCCAGCGGCAGUACUGCAGCACCUCCAGCGCGGGGCCCGUGGUGCGGGCACUAUCCUCGUGACGACUCCGAAGGACUUUGACGAGCUGCUCCCGCUGCUGGAGGAGGCGCAGAAAGCGACACUCAGCCCGUCCAGUGAUGACAUGGCGGACUUGCUGGCGCAGCAAGACGAGGCAACGCGGCAACGUUACCUUGCUCGCAGAACGCAAGCAAACACCGAUGCAGAGAUGGGCAGUGUCUCUCGUGAUAGUGUACGCUUCCACUCCACAAUGGAAGCGCGGUUCGUUGUCGUCCUUGACGAGGCAGACCUGCUCUACAACUCCCCCGACAUGCGCAACACGGUGCAGCAGUUCGUGGCUGCCUAUGGACGUACCCAUGACCCUGUGAGCCCAUCACCGCGCCGCCGCAAGUCAGCCGCGAAGAAGCGGCCGGUGCGGGUGAAUGAGACCGGGCAAGCCGGCGCACGGCUGUGGAUGGACUUCGCGUUUGUCGGCGCCACUGUCGCCACCUCGCCUUUGCUCAAGGUUUAUGCUGAGAAGGUGUGCGCGAACUGUGGCAGUACCUUGCACACGCUGGCGCUGCGGUCCAACGACGACUUUGUCUCACAGCUGACCAACCGCUUUGUCGUAUGCGACGCCGCGAACUUUCUGCCGUAUUUUGUCCAGCUCAUGAACCUGCACGCGUCGAAGAAGCACUUUGUCUUCUUCAACAACUUUCGUGUUCUUCUGUUCGUGCAGCGGCUUUUCUCUGUCCUGUGCCAGGGCACACGCCCCCUCCUGUACAUACCAAAGGUGUUUGUGAUGUACGAGGGCAUGACGGAAAGUGCCCGCAUCGAUCAGUACAACCAGUUUCUGACCCACGUGAGUCGCAGCAAUGCGGCCCGCAAGCCGAAGAAAGCCCUCUCAGACGCAGAGAAGAAGAACCAGGUCUUCACGAGCGGCUGGAAGCGCGACGGCACCGUGAACAUGGGCACGGGGGCCAUUCUCCUCUGCACCGAUGUUGCCGCCUUUGGGCUCGAUGUGCGGGAUGUCGACUAUGUAUACCACUUUGAGCCACCGGCCACUGUGCAGUCGUACAUCCAUCGCGUUGGCCGCGUGGGUCGUAUGGGCAUGAAGGGAAGCAGCAUUCUGCUCCUUCCCUGCAACGCCGACUCGAUGCAGAUGCAGUCUGCCCGCGAGCGCAAGAUGGACAGCGCACGCUUCCACACCGUCACUAACACCAAAAAACCCACGGCACAGCUCCAAGCGCCCUGCAUUAGCGCGGACUCGCUCCCAGAAGAGCGUCGUGCCUAUCUGGCGGAGCUCGGCAAGCACAGCGCGCUGGAAGAGUAUAUCAUCCCGCCCUUCGCCCCUAUUACCUCCACCCUCCGGAAUUACAUCACGCAGGAUGACAAGAUUCUAAAGCUUGCAAAGCGCGCCGCAAUAUCCAUGUGUGAGGCGCCGGAGGGCGAGGAGGAAAAGGCGUGGUUCCACCCACGCCUCGCGGUGCGUGCACUUCUUUUGGAUUAG